CUUGUAAUGAAUGUCAGUGUGCUGCUGAACACCGCGAUCAUUCCUUCGACUCUCGAGAGUCUAAUCGACGUAAGGAGAAGAUGUACGCGGUACUUUUAUCGCUGAGAUUAACGAGGUUGGCACCCUCUAUUGGCAGAUUUGCCUCCUCAGCUUCCGGUCAUCUUCCACCUAGUAAUCGAUUAGACAUUCGACGAGAUCAUCAAACAGCGGAUAGACCACGUAAAGGGACAUUCAUUGAAAGGAGUCAACUUAAAUACGCUCGUAGAUUGGUGGUAAAAUUGGGAAGCGCUGUAAUUACAAGGGAAGAUGAGCAUGGACUUGCUUUAGGUCGUUUGGCGUCCAUUGUGGAACAAGUGGCGGAAUGUCAAAUUGAGGGUAGAGAAUGCAUCAUGGUGACAAGUGGCGCUGUGGCUUUUGGGAAACAGAAAUUACAUCAGGAACUCUUAAUGUCACUUUCGAUGCGAGAAACACUGAGUCCCGCUGACCAUUCACGAGAAUUUGCAGGAAAUCUCCUAGAGCCAAGAGCAGCGGCUGCAGUUGGUCAAUCGGGUCUAAUGUCCCUUUAUGACGCAAUGUUCGCACAAUAUGGAGUGAAAUUGGCUCAGGUUUUGGUGACAAAGCCCGAUUUUUAUAAUGAGGAGACGAGGAAAAAUCUAUUCAGCACACUGAGUGAAUUAAUAAGUUUGAAUAUUGUGCCAAUAAUAAAUACAAAUGACGCGGUGUCGCCACCGCCGCAAGUCGACGAGGAGGUUUCUGGGGGUGGCGGACGACGUGGCAUUUCCAUCAAAGACAAUGAUUCAUUGGCGGCAAUGCUUGCCGCUGAAGUUCAAGCUGACCUCCUAAUUCUCAUGAGCGAUGUGGAUGGAAUUUAUAAUUUACCACCUUGGCAGGACGGAGCAAGGAUGCUGCACACGUUCACGUCCGAUUUGCGCGGUACCAUUAAGUUUGGGCAAAAAUCCAAAGUCGGCACUGGCGGAAUGGACGCAAAAGUCAACGCUGCACUUUGGGCAUUGGACAGAGGUGUUUCUGUUGUUAUUUGCAAUGGCACUCAAGAAAAGGCCAUUAAAAGUAUAUUGUCGGGAAGAAAAAUUGGCACACUAUUCACUGAAUCAACGACAUCAUCAGCGCCAGUUGAGGUUGUCGCCGAAAAUGCAAGAGCAGGAAGUCGAGUCCUCCAAGCCCUCGAACCAGAGGAACGAGCAAAAUGCAUCAACAAACUUGCCGAUUUACUAGAAUCAAGACAAAGUGAAAUUUUGGACGCAAACAAUAAAGAUUUGGAGGAGGGUAGAAAAUCAGGUCUAGCGAAACCACUUCUCUCACGCCUAUCACUGACACCAUCGAAAUUAAAUUCCCUAAGUGUAGGCCUGAGGCAAAUUGCCGCCUCAUCAUUGCAGAACGUCGGUCGUGUGAUUCGACGCACGAAAUUAGCCGAGAAUUUGGAAUUGCGGCAAAUAACAGUGCCAAUUGGUGUUUUGCUGGUGAUAUUUGAAUCGCGACCCGAUAGCUUGCCGCAAGUCGCCGCCCUCGCAAUGUCAAGUGCAAAUGGACUUUUAUUAAAGGGAGGAAAAGAGGCAGCCAACAGCAACAAGUGCCUAAUGGAUCUCGUGAAAGAGGCACUAAGUUCAGUUGGUGCGGCAAAUGCCAUUUCUCUUGUAUCCACGAGGGAGGAAAUUGGUGAUUUGCUCUCAAUGGAGAAGCACAUUGAUCUUAUUAUUCCCCGGGGAAGCUCGGAACUUGUCCGCUCGAUUCAGUCGCAGUCAAAGCAUAUACCUGUCUUGGGACACGCCGAGGGCAUAUGUCACGUUUACAUUGAUAAGGAGGCCGAUUUGGCAAAGGCCAUGAAAAUAAUUCGCGAUUCAAAAUGUGAUUAUCCAGCAGCUUGCAAUGCAAUGGAGACACUAUUAAUACAUGAGAAUCUUAUGAGUACGAGCUUUUUCUCUGACGUUUGCAAUGUGCUGCAACGCGAAGGCGUCAAGAUUAAUUCAGGACCAAAGCUACAGCAACAGUUAACCUUUGGCCCGCCGGCAGCAAAAAGUAUGAAGAUUGAAUAUGGAGCAUUAGAAUGUACUAUUGAACUUGUCACGGACCUUGACGACGCGAUAAAUCACAUUCACAAAUAUGGAAGUGGACACACUGACACAAUAGUCACUGAAGACAUGGAAAGGGCAAAUCAUUUUCAAAGGGAAGUCGAUAGUGCAUGUGUCUUUCAUAAUGCCAGCACUCGUUUUGCCGAUGGCUACAGAUUUGGCCUUGGUGCUGAGGUUGGUAUCUCGACUGCUCGAAUUCAUGCUCGAGGUCCCGUGGGAGUCGACGGUUUAUUAACGACAAAGUGGAUCUUGCAAGGAGAUGGUCACACAGCAUCCGACUUCUCGGAAACUGGUGGUAAAACUUUCCUUCAUCAGAACUUGCCAAUUGACAAAGAGGUGAACUGAAUUUAAAAUCAAAUUUCUCAAAAAAAAGAGAAAAAAAAGAAACAAAAA